AGCUGUGAUUUUGACAUUGACAUGUGUCCGAAAAUACAAAGCAAUUGACAGAUUUGAUAAAAUUUGUAUUUUGUGAAAAAUGUGAUACGGACGAAAGUUGUUAGUUAAAAUGCAAGCGAAAAAGCGCUAUUUACUCUUAUUCGUGUCCUGUGCGUUCCUAGCGUACUGGUAUUUCGGCGGCUACCGCUUGAAAAGCAGCAACAUGAUAGUGGACGAUCAUUUGCCUGUGUUUGUUAAUUUAGAUCAAGUUUAUACGGGAAGUCUCCAAAGGCAGCGAGAAAUUUCGCCAAUCAGUAACAAUAAGUUGUGCAGCAUGGAAAACUGUUUUGAUUUUGGUAGAUGUCAGCAAGGUUUUCGCGUGUAUGUGUAUCCUCCUGACGAUAAUAGUACGCCUAGUCCGUCCUACCAGAAACUGCUCAAUGUUUUAAUGGAAUCGCGAUAUUACACUGCCGACCCUAGGCUAGCUUGCUUAUUCGUUCUAAGCAUAGACACUCUCGACCGAGACCGCCUCAGUGCUGACUACGUCCGCAACAUGCAGUCGCGUCUGCAGCACUUGCCGCAUUGGAACAACGGCCUCAACCACGUAAUCUUCAACCUGUACUCAGGCACUUGGCCUAACUACACCGAAAACAACCUGGACUUCGACUACGGCAUGGCCAUCCUGGCCAAAGCCAGCAUGUCCGACAGCCACAUGAGGCCCGGCUUCGACAUCAGCAUCCCCCUGUUCCACAAAGUGCACCCCGAGAAGGGGGGCGAAGUGGGCUCAGUCCUCGCCAACAGUUUGCCCCUGCAGAAGAACUACUUACUAGCUUUCAAAGGCAAAAGAUACGUGCAUGGAAUCGGCUCAGACACGAGAAACUCCUUGUACCACCUCCACAACAGAAAGGACAUGAUCAUGGUCACCACGUGCCGCCACGGCAAAAGCUGGAAGGACAUGAAGGACGAGCGCUGCGACCAAGACAACAAAGAAUACGACAAGUACGACUACGAAGUCUUGCUGCAAAACUCCACCUUUUGCCUGGUCCCCAGAGGGCGGCGGCUGGGGUCGUUCCGGUUCCUGGAAGCCCUACAAGCCGGUUGUAUCCCAGUUUUGUUGUCCAAUGGCUGGGCUUUGCCCUUCGCCCAAAAAAUAGACUGGAGCAAAGCCGCCAUUUGGGCCGACGAAAGGCUACUCCUUCAAGUACCUUACAUUGUACGCUCGUUAGCACCCGCAAAAAUCCUACAAUUGCGUCAACAAACGCAAGUCCUGUGGGAUCGGUAUUUUUCGUCAAUUGAGAAGAUUGUCUACACAACGUUAGAAAUCAUACGUGAGCGUUUACCGUACGAGCCGUUUCGAGAUGCUACGGUUUGGAAUACGCUACCUGGGGCUUUAGUAACUUUGCCAAGUUUCUCCGAUCACCCGAAAAGUUUUCCAUUCCAGAUUGAAUAUAGUGAUGUUGAUGGUUUCACUGCUAUUAUUUACUGCCAGUUAGGACUGCCCCUAACACCGUCAGCCCCUCUGUACAGACUUGUCACCAACAUCGCUCGCAGUAAAUACGUCUCAAAGAUAAUCGUGGUGUGGUCGAACGACAAGCGUCCCCCCAGCAAGACGCGGUGGCCGUUGUUGCCCCACAACAUCAGUCUGCACGUGAUCCAGCCUGAGGGCGAGCCCACGAAGCCCAGCAUUUCGCAGCGCUUCUACCCGCACCCGCAAAUCGACACGGCAGCCGUGCUAUCCCUAGACGAAGACUCCGUUCUGACAACAGACGAAGUCGAUUUCGCGUACAUCGUGUGGAAGAAAUUCCCCGACCGUAUCGUGGGAUACCCUGCACGGUCCCACUACUGGGACGACUCCAAGUCCACGUGGGGCUACACCUCGAAGUGGACGAACGACUACUCGAUUGUCCUGACAGGAGCAGCGUUCUACCACCGAUAUUACAACGUUCUAUACACCGAGUGGCUGAGCCCGCUCUUGCACAAAACGGUGGAGCAGAGCCAGAACUGCGAGGACAUUCUAAUGAAUUUCCUGGUCAGUCAUGUGACACGGCGGCCGCCCAUCAAAGUGACCCAGCGGAAACAGUACAAAGAACAGCCGACUCUCGGGAGUUGGUCGCCGUGGAAUGACCCCGACCAUUUUAUCCAAAGACAGACUUGCCUGAACACUUUUGCGGCAGUGUUCGGCUACAUGCCGCUGCUGCGAUCCAAUCUGCGGCUAGAUCCAGUGCUUUUUAAAGAUACGGUAGCCAAUAAAAGGAAAAAGUACAGAAAAAUCGAACUGGUGGGCAGUUAGUCCAGGGUUUUGUUCUAAUAUUUUUAAAUCGGUUGAUCUCUGUACUCUGCCGGUGUUGGGAACGUAUACUUUGUAUCCAUGUUUCAUGUGCAAUGUUUUGUGUUAACUUGAUCAAAUUUCAUGCAUAUCCUUGUAUCAGCUGACAACUUAAACUUCUUUUAUACUUUUACAAAUAGGUUUUAUAUAAAAAAUGAUAUCCUAAGUAUAGAGCCAUAUACUGUAGUUGGAACCAAAUAUUGUUUUUAUUAGUUGAUAUUUUAUAAUCGAGCGAUUUAUUUUAUACAUCGUGACUGUAAAAUUGGAUCAGUUACAAGAUUUCGAAUGAUAAAAUAUUCCCAAUAAAAAAUUAAAUCGC